UUCUUUCAUCUUUCCAAUUACAAAAGCUAAAUUUCUCGAUCAUAAAAUUUAUAUAUUUGUGGGACUUCAAUUGCAUUAACUUUCAUAACACUAUUUUCAUCAUUUUUACUUCUUCACUCCUUUUUAUAAUUAAUAUUUAUAUUUAUAGAACAUCCACUCUUAUAUUCUUAUUAUUCCCACCACUCUUCCCAAACUAUUUUUUUUUUAAAAAAACAAUCAACCCUAUUUUGCAUUACUACACCCAUGUCUAGUGUGGAUUACAAGAAGCCCUCCCACCGGCGGAACAACUCCGGUGAGCUCGACGUUUUCGAGGCGGCUAAAUAUUUUUCCGGCAACAAUGACGAAAGGCGCGGUUAUUUAAGGGAAGGUAGGGUUAGCCUAGACGUUUCCUCUCUUAAACAUUAUUACCUCUUCAACCAAAACCAAAACCAAAAACAACAACAAAAAGAACAACAACAACAACAACAACAAGAACAACAAAGCAAUAAGGAAAAGAAGAAGAAGAACAAGCAACCAAGCUCCCCGGGUGGUAAGAUAGCUCAAUUCUUAAACUCCCUCUUAAACUCUAAGAAGAAGAAGGAAGCAUCGAUAAAAUCUUUGAUGAAAAACGAGGAUGAAAGUCCGAUCCCUGGGAUAGGGAUCGGGAUAGGGAUAGGGAUAGGGAGAAGGAAAAGGAGGAGUAGCAUUAGCCACUUUAUGUCAACUACUAGUAGUAGUACUAGUUUAGUGGAUUCAAAGUCAAUCUACUCAUCAACUUCUAGUUCCGGGUUUCGAACCCCACCUCCUUAUACCUAUCUCAACAACAACAACAACAACAACAACAACAACAACAACACUCCUACAACAAAGUCUUGUAAGGAUGAGUUUAGGAAGGAUGAUUACAAAGUUGUUAAUAAUAAUUUUGAUUGGUUAGAUGAGAAAUUAAGGAUGGUUGAGAAAUCUAAAACUAACAACCACAAUAUGCAUGGAUUUCAAGGGAAGAAAGUAAACUACAACAAGUUUAGACAACAUCAACAACAACAACAACAACAACAACAACAACAACAACAACAACAUGAUGAUGAUGAUGAUGAUGAUGAUGAUGAUGAUGGUGCAGACAGUGAUUCGAGUUCGGAUCUAUUUGAAUUACGAAUUGAUUACACCGAAUUCGGGUUUUGUUCGAGUGGUUUGCCGGUUUAUGAGACGACCCAUUUGGAUAACAUUAAGAGAGCUUCAUCUACUGCCAUUACCAAUGCUCCUACUCCUAUCAGAACUUAAACCUUUUUUUUUUCUUUUUUUUUUUUUUUUUUGUGUGGAUUGAUGGUAGCAUAUACAAGUAUGUAGUAGGAGAUUAAGACAUUUUAAUUAAUUUGUUCAAUUCGAUUGAUUUUUAUUCGAUUUUGUUUGUCUUUUUUCGCGUUUGUCAAUAUAAUAUUUAAAUUACUAUUUUUAGUUAUCAAUAAGUAAAAUUUAUA